AUGUUGGGUCAGAGCGCCCAGGCAGUAUGCGCCUGCAAUCUCGCCGCUGGCACCGCGAGGAACACCAAUGCUGGAGCUGCCGGCUCGAUUACCUUCCCCUCGAGCGUCGCGCAGGCUGAUUUGUACCGCACUCUCUUGCAGAGCAACGGCGUGGGACCAAACGAGAUUUCAUACGUGGAAUGCCACGGCACCGGAACCCAAGGUUUUGUCAACUUGAUCUGA